GUUCCAGAGUAUUCCUUGGGUUCAAAGUUCAUGAAACCAUGGCGCAAUACGUUGGAACUAGACAGCGGCAUCAUUGAGGCACACAAGAGUUCCAGCAUGCCUUUGCCAAAACGGUCCCUGGAAGAGAAACUCUCCAGUUAUGCCCGUGCUCUCAGCAAGGGUGCUGUCAAAAAACGUCGUCAGCUUCGUGCUCUGCGAGCUUCUGCUGGUGGAUUGGCACUGACAGGGGCUGGUUGGCUGGGCUGGAUCACCUUGGUCCGCAUGGUAGGCUCUUGGGAGUUGAAAAUGCGCUACAGCGUGCAGCACCCAGCCACCCUGCGAGCAGGCCCUUCCCUUGACAGCAGUUGGGUCAACGAGGUCCUCGCAGGAGACGAGGUGCUUCUCUUGGAUUUUGGAGUUGCUUGCGGUGCAGUUUCCAGCUCCCAGGCGAAGCUCCGUGCCCUGGUUGUGGCAGGUGAUAAACUUGGAUGGAUCAGUCCAGAAACUGAUAACGGCGAGCACCUUCUGAUGGAAGUAAAUCUGAUGAGUCGGAAGGUGGUGGACAUCCAUCAGCACGCUUUGCAGCAAAAUGGUGCUGGUCUCCGGAAAUCUUACCAACCUGGUCGCUCUUCGCCUUGGAAGGAAGGCGCAACCUAUCGCAUGUUGGAACCUUCUCCGAUACGCAGUGGGCCUGACGUUCAUAGCUCCAAUGUGGGCGAGGUGUCGGCAGGCUGCUUAGUACAUGUGCAGGAGAUUAAGGAUGUGAUCAUCGAAUGA